UAUCCAAUGACGACUGUACUUUACGAUCCCAGCUGUAAGAAGGAACCAUCUACAGGAGCAUCUACGCAAUACGGACAGGAGAAAGAAAUCUGUAUGAAAUUGUUCGAAAGAUGGAGCGAAUCAGAACAAGUGCAGUUUGUCGAACAGCUGUUAGCACGAAUGUGUCAUUAUCAGCACGGACACAUCAAUGCGUAUUUAAAACCGAUGCUGCAGAGAAACUUUAUUUCGCUUUUGCCGAAAAAAGGAUUGGACCACGUGGCAGAAAAUAUUCUGUCUUACCUUGACGCAAAAUCACUUGUUUCUACAGAACUAGUAUGCAAGGAAUGGCAUAGGGUUAUUAGUGAAGGAAUGCUUUGGAAGAAGCUGAUUGAACGUAAAGUUCGAACGAAUUCAGUUUGGAGAGGUUUAGCUGAAAGGAGAGGAUGGAUACAGUAUCUUUUUAAACCGAAACCAGGCGAAGCCCAUCCCAAUCACAAUUUCUACAGAUCUCUUUACCCAAAAAUUGUCAAAGACAUCGAAAGUAUGGAGAACAAUUGGAGAAUGGGUCGAUUUACUCUUCAAAGAAUCAACUGUCGUAGCGAGAACUCUAAAGGCGUUUAUUGUCUGCAAUAUGACGAUCAGAAGAUAGUUUCCGGACUCCGAGACAACACGAUUAAGAUCUGGGACAGAAAUACUUUACAGUGUAUCAAGGUGUUGACAGGCCAUACGGGUUCUGUGCUUUGUUUACAGUAUGAUGAUAAGGCUAUAAUAUCCGGUUCCUCAGACAGUACUGUGAGAGUUUGGGACGCUACUACAGGCGAGAUGGUUAAUACGUUAAUUCAUCAUUGUGAGGCAGUACUGCAUCUUAGAUUUAACAAUGGCAUGAUGGUAACUUGCUCAAAGGAUCGUUCUAUAGCAGUCUGGGAUAUGACAUCGCAGACAGAAAUUGCGUUGAGAAGAGUAUUAGUAGGGCACAGAGCAGCAGUGAACGUAGUUGACUUUGAUGAAAAGUAUAUUGUUUCUGCCAGUGGUGAUAGGACUAUCAAAGUAUGGAACACCUCUAAUUGCGAAUUUGUGCGAACAUUGAACGGACAUAAACGCGGCAUAGCGUGUUUGCAAUAUAGAGAUCGCUUAGUAGUUAGUGGCAGUAGUGAUAAUACUAUACGACUGUGGGACAUCGAGUGCGGCGCUUGCUUACGUGUUUUAGAAGGGCACGAAGAAUUAGUGAGAUGUAUUCGAUUCGAUAGUAAGCACAUCGUCAGCGGUGCUUAUGAUGGAAAAAUCAAAGUUUGGGAUCUUGUAGCCGCUCUUGAUCCUCGUGCUGUUGCUAGUACAUUAUGUUUACGCACUUUAGUGGAGCACACCGGGCGUGUGUUUCGUCUUCAGUUUGACGAGUUCCAAAUAGUUUCAUCAUCUCACGAUGAUACGAUACUAAUUUGGGAUUUUCUUAAUUACAAUCCAUCAAGCGGAAGUGUAUGCAGUGGACGCCUACCGAUGGAUGGAAUGCCGAACCAAGCUGAUACUAGAUCUCCUUCCCCAUUUGAGUGACGCAUCAAUACGGAAAUUCCUUUAUUGUGAUAUAAUUACAAGUGGUUAGAUGAGUGAAUCCAAUGUGUUCACGACAAUGUGCGCAAAUAAUGAAAUAUCCGAUGAUGAGUGUUUAAUGUAAACAACAACAAUUAUACACAGAAAUGUCUGAAGGAAAAAUUUGGUUGAUUAAUGACUUUGAUUUAUGUUUGCUAGGACAGCAAAAAAAUUCUUCAAGAAAUAGGAAAGUAAAAUGGAUUGACUUACGUGAAACUAUGAAUUAUAAUUUAUAUAUGCGCUUGACGCACCACGUUUAGGAACAAACAGUAUAUUUAAAGCUGCAUAAAUACAUCCCAUGGAUGUAAACGAUUGUCGUUUGCUUUGGCCAUAUCUGGAAUUCUUCUACGCUCUGUGACAUGAUAGAAGUCAAGACCAUUUUCCUACAAAAUGAAAAAAAGGAAAGACUUACAAUACGUAAUGUAGCGAAGCGCUUUUAGGGAGGCUGAAUAUUACACUUAAUAAGACAUUAGAUGUAUUAUAGUAAAAGGAAUUAAUGAUUUUUUAUAUAAUUAAUUUAUGAGAUAAAAGAAAUUGUAAAAUGUUGUUUGAUU